AUUAGGUAGAAGAAGGGUCAAUUAUAUGUAUAUAUAUAUAGAAAAAAAAAAGAGAAAAUUGCAACAGUGUCAUUGAUGUUUGACAAGAGUACAUGACUCUUUAACAUUCCAAAGUUACGGGUGGUGGUUUGAGUUGAGUACAGAGUCUACUCUGAACUCUGGUAAAUUGUGGUUUCGACAGAGUAAUGGGUGGAAGAGAGAAAAUGAAGGAAUUCGUUGUUGGGUCUGUGCCGACUUUGUUUUACAUUCCCGACUUCAUCACAGACGGUGAACAAGACCAGCUUGUCAACAAUAUUUAUCAAGCUCCCUUAUCGAAAUGGAAAUCUUUGAAGAAUAGGAGACUACAAAAUUGGGGAGGAGUUGUCCAUGAGAAGGGUCUUCUAGCGCAGGACUUGCCGCCUUGGCUAACAAGAAUUACGCAAAGAAUAAAUGAGGUGUCAGGGCUGUUUCCUUCAGCAAUUAAUCAUGUGCUCAUCAAUGAAUACCUUCCUAAUCAAGGCAUAAUGCCACACCAAGAUGGACCUGCUUAUUUCCCGGUAGUAGCAAUCUUGUCUCUUGGAUCACCUGUUGUUAUGGACUUUACUCCCCAUUCUAGUUUGAGUCUCUGCACAAACCAAUUGAGAAACAGCGUUGAAGAUAAAAUUUCAGAUGGAGCUUCUGAUAAUCACCACCCUUUCUCCCUCCUAUUGAUGCCUCGGAGUUUACUGAUAUUCAAAGAUGAGGCAUACUCAGACUACUUGCAUGGGAUAAAAGAUAGCGAGGUGCAGCAAUACGAUGAGGCUGUUAAUUCUGUCGAAGCUUUGAACCACGAUGAAGUAAAUCAGCCACUGCCAGGCUUGGAGAAAACGAUUAGAUUAAAUAAAACUGGAGAUUCCAAUAGAAUUCACAGAACUACCAACCGAGUUUCUUUGACAUGUCGAGUGGUAUCAAAGGUUCACAAAAAUCUGUACAAGUUUUAGGGUCCUGUCAAAUGUGCUUAGUUUUUUUUUUUCUUCUUUUCUAUCUGGUUGGGAAAGGGACUUCAUGAAACUGCACAAGGAAAUCAGUGUAUUGAAACUUAGUUUCUAAAUAGCUAUGAUUGUGCUCUAUUAGGAUUUUGCUUAUAAUUUGCAUGAUCAAAGAAAUAUCAAUUUCUUGUGGAAA